AUGUCCCGCGCGCACCUGGAUUCGUUUGCUCCCGAUGGGCGAUCUCGGGCUGUUCUCCGGCACAGCACGAGAAUUAUUGCCAGCAGAGCACGUCAGAGCCAAUGGGAAGCCGCAAUUUCCGCUCUCGUGGGCAUCACAGAUCAGGACAUCGAAGCAGACAGCAUUGUGUACUGCGCUGCUCUCGGUGCUUUGGAGCGCACCGCUCGCUGGGAGACAGCACUGGCCCUGGUUCAAAGAAUGCAACGAAGUGCUGUGGAGAUCUACGAUCAUGGGCUGAAUUACGUCGCCCUCACCUGCAAGAAAGCUGGCGAGUGGCAACGCCUUCUCCGUCUCUUAGUGUCACCUUUUCGAGGUGUUGAACAUCCUGCACAUGAGGUCGCAUUCACCGCUGGAUUGGAAGCCUGCCGUACACGAUGGGCUCAGGGCCUGAGCUUGUUGCGCUGCUUGGCCAAUCUUCGUGCAGCACCGGAUGCGACAACAUUGUCGGCAGCGGUCGCUGGCCUUCGCCAGGCUGCUGAAUGGCAGCACGCGCUUGGACAGAGUGUUUGGAACUCUUUGGAAGUAUGUGAGGGAGCCUGUGCCCUGUGCAUUCUUGAGCCUAUGUUACGUUGUUUUGAAGGAUUGAUGCGAGAAUGCUUUCAACGCGGACCGGAGCCGGACGCUGCCCUGUGCAACGCAGUUGCGACAGCUUGUGAAGCACGUCAGGCCGGGCCUUUGCGAAGUCGGAGUGAUAAGCUUGGCUUGAGGACGUAG